UCGCCCAGGCUGGAGGGGGGAGCCCGGAGACCAGGUGCGACACAGCCCCGCCGCACCCACCGGCCGCCGCGGCUAUAAACACCGGGAACGGACGGGACGGGACGGGACGCGGCGGGACGGGACGGGACGGAGGCGGCGGGAGCCUCCGCAGCGGGCGGGAGCGGAUUUUAUUUCAUACAGAUGUGAAGCUCCUAAACCACAAACUCCUAUUUCCAAGGGCGCCCAAGGAGAUGAAGUUUUUAGCCAGGCUGUUACAGGAACAGACACUCCUAACACGUGAAAACCAGGAUCUGGGACACCCACGAGGGCUACUUGGCUGAGGACAACAGGAUCAGGACCCUCCCCGCCGGGCACGUCACCGAUGGACUGCGGACACUCAGCAGAGAGCAGCGAGGAGAUCUCCAGCCCGGGCGCAGAGCCCGAUUCCCCGCCGCCUUCCAGCGCCGGCGGCGAUCCGUGCGGGCCGCGGGCCGGGGCCGCUCCGGGCCGCCCCGCCGCCGCCAACGCCGCCCGGGAGCGCAGCCGGGUGCAGACCCUGCGCCACGCCUUCCUGGAGCUGCAGAGGACGCUGCCCUCCGUGCCGCCCGACACCAAGCUCUCCAAGCUGGACGUGCUCCUCCUGGCCACCACCUACAUCGCGCACCUCACCCGCAGCCUGCAGGAUGAGGAGGAGUCCCCGGGAGAGGGCUUGGGCGCCCUGCGCGGGGAUGGAUACCUCCACCCUGUCAAGAAGUGGCCCAUGCGUUCCAGGCUGUACAUUGGAGCCACGGGACAGUUUCUGACUCACUCGGCACAAGGAGACAGUGCAAACCAUGGGGAAACAUCGACAUCUUCACAGAUCUAACCUCCCUUCUUGCUUUGAAAAAAAUGGUUAUUUAUUACACCUUAUAUAAAUAUAUAAUUAAGUUAAAAACCCAGUAUCUACAGACAAACUGUAAUUCCUGAAAUGCUGUUUGUAGAGGAGAAGGAAUUGAUUCUUAAAUGUAAUUAAUACCUCAUUAAGUUGACGUGACACAUCGUUGGUUUCUGUCACUGCUGAGAUCUGAAUGAGGGGGAGCAGCACCAAUCCCAGCAGCAGCAGCAAGCUGCCAGCAGAGUUAAGUAUCCUUAUCCUCUCUGGGACAAGCGCUGUGAAAAAAGAGAGGAGGACUUGUGUGCUAGUGGCCAUGUACAGGGCAAAACAGGCUUGGGUGAGAAGAGAAGGGCAAGGCUAAAAAUAGCAACUGUAAUCCCACAUAGACUUUCUCCACUGCUUAAAGCCGAUGGCAGAAAUCCCCUGACCGCAGCUGUCAGGUCAGGGCUCCAGCCAUUCCAUAGUCCUACACGUUUGCAGCUAUUGCUGGGAAUAUGGAUACGUGUUCAAGGAGUAAAAAUGUGCUGAGAGACCCGUCCCUCCUGCACAGAGCGCUGCAAUUUGGCACGGCUUGUACCCACCCACAGGACUGUGCUGCAUGUCAUGGGCUCAGCCUGUGUUUGCUCCCCUGGCACAACCCCGUGUCUGCUCACCACAUCACGGCUCAUUUCAUUUAAGGGGUUCACAUGGUGGAGCAGGUGAACCCAAAGUGCUGGCUUGUUCACUUAAACAUCUGUAUUUAGGCAAAAAAAGUUGAAACUAAAUGCACAAAUGUCAUCUGUUAUAUCUGUUCUGUAAAACACUGUACUUACGUGGUUCGUUAAUGCUGAGGCAAAUGUUCUAUUAAAUAUUCAGUGAAUAUUAUAUACUUUGAGUUGCAAAAUCUGUUAUCAGUUUCUCAUUGUACACUGCAACAUUCUACAUUUAUAGACGCUGUCUUCCUUCUGAAAGUGUAAUGGUUUAAAUUUAAAAGUUAUAUUUAGAAAAAUGAAAAUAUUAGCCAGAACAACUUUCAUAAAAAACGGUAUGGUAAAACC